AUGAGCAAUCAAUAUUCUCCGUUGAUAUUGGAGAAAGUAAAAGAAGGAGUGUUGAGUGUUUGUUUUAAAGCCUUUGAUUUUCUAUUGCUCCGAAGAGCAAAUCCUGAAACUGCCAUUUCGGAAAUUAUUCUGGAAUUUAUUGAGAGAAAUGUUUCUUUAAAGAAAGUGAGAAAAUUAGUGAAAAAUUGUUUUAUCUAUCAUUCCAAAUAUUCUCAACGUAAAAUUAUUUUAUUUGAUUGGCUUUACAGUUAUCCUUUGUUGGAGAAUACAGCCUGGAAGCAGUUAGAAAAAAAUUUGAAAAUGUUAUUUGGAUCUGGUGUUUUUGCAAUUGAAAUCGAGCCAGGUGUACAAUACAUGAAAGAUACAAUCAAAUAUUGCUGUAGACCAUACAUGAGGGUUGAGAGCUGCUCAUUGCAAGCUGCAAUAUUCAACAAAUCAAUUGCUCAUUUCCACCAAUUAGAGAGUGCACAUACGAUUGACUAUGAUAUUGUAGCACAUUUUUCUAGGAAAGUGGUUGAGCAAGUUGUAGAUAUGGGGCGUAACGAGAAAUUUGAGCAAAACAUGCAUAAACAUAUCAAAAGAUCUCAGCAAGAGCUCAACGAAAGGGAAGGAAAAUUCCUUGAAAAAUUAAUGAAUACUCUAUUUUCAGAGUUAGAAUUCAAAAAACAGCCAACCAAGCAAGAGAAAAUUAUUAAAUUUAUUGGUGAGUGGCAAGGAGCUGCAAAGUUGGAGAUUAUGAAACAGAUUAAUUUGGAAAAACAAAAACACUUGACAGAUAUCUAG